GAAUCGCCUUCAAUGCGCAGGAGAGUUCGAGGAAUUCUAAUGUCUGGUAAGCAGUUCUCUUUAGAUUCGCAUAUGGAUGUAGUUGUACAAACAACUUUGGACUCAAACGUAACAGACAGUAAAGUUGACUCGUAUGGUAAAACCAUACCGAAUCGUAGAAAUAUAGAAACACAACCCAUAAGUGAAGUGUAUGAAGAAUCAGUGGAAGGUUAUGAACGGUUCGAAGUACAAAAUCCAACGACGAAAAAUAAAUGCUUUUCUUUGCAACUCACACCCUACUAUUCCACAAGAGAUAUUAUAACUUUGCCACCAAUCUGUUUGUCGACACAAACGAACACCCCUGAACAUAUACGACAGACAGCCUACAUCACAAUUCCAAUCGAUCAGCAAGAACAACAGCAAAUGAACACAUUUCACAUAUAUCCCGCAAGACAUACUGCUAUUGCUAGUAAUACCAUUGCAGUAGACAGUAUUAGAAUUCCUGUUUCGCAUACUCAAGUAUUCAAAUCAUCUCUAAAAACUACAUCGACUUUUAAAGAAACACCAUCUACCGAAUUUGGAACAAAGCUCCCAAAAAAAGUUUCAAAGGCGACUAAGAACAACAAUUCACCAAGUAAGCAAACAAGUACGGUAUACCAUGGGAAACGUUACUUAGAUCCAGUAACAAGCUUGUUUGAGAAUUGCUCUUUCACCAACACUGUCUUUCAAGUACCAACGCCUACCGAUGAAUAUCAGUUUACAGAUUAUUGUAAUAUAUUUUCAGACGCCGAAGAAGUACAAACACCAGGAAAAGUUGAUUGGGAUGGUGUUUUAAGAAAUUUCGAUAAUCCUAAGCUCAUAUGCAAUCAUCCAAUAAAACAAAUCCGUUGUAGAAGGAAUAUAUCAACAGGGCUCAGCUCAUCCGACAGUAAUGAAAGCUACACACGAAGAGCAACACACAUAUUAGCGACACAUAAAUCAGCGCGGAAGGAAGUGAACUCAAAUCAACUAAAAGGCAAAUCUGCUAUACUGAAACCUAUUGCAGCCUCAACUUCACUUGAAUCUUCAGAAUCACCUACUCAGCCAUUAAGUGAUUCUGAAAAUAUGGCCUCAAUAGCAACGUCACCUGAAUCUCUCUGAGAGUUUCUUUAAUUUAAUUUGAUGUAAUUGAACUAAUUAAUU